UUGUCCCUCAGCGCGAUCCGUCUUCCGUCCAGAAAAAAAAGCGACGGCCGAGAGCGACGCUCGCUGCUGAUGUACCGCUGGCUCAAAAAUGGAGAGCGACACCACCGUCCGGAGAAUAAAACCCUUCGGGACGCAACAUUAUGUAGCUCAGGACAGCGACGGAGCCCGGGACCGGUGCGGGAACAACGGCUACAGCGCUGACCCGAAGAGGAAGCCCGAAGUGAGCCUGUACUUGCUGCGGGAAGCGCUGGCAGCGUCCCUGGUCUCUGUGUUUAUUUUGGUGCUGUGGGGACUCGUUCAUUUGUCGUUGCAGCAGCUUGUCAUUGGAAAGCCGACCGGCGAGUUCAACGCAGUGAGAGCCAGACUGCACUUAGAGCAGAUCACCAGCGUUGGCCCUCGGCCGGUGGGCAGUCAGGAGAACGAGGUCCUGACAGUGGGCUACUUGUUGGAGCAGAUUGAGAAGAUCCGCCUGGAGACGGCAGCAGGCCCCCAUCAGCUCACUGUAGAUGUGCAACGUCCCACCGGCUCCUUUUCCAUCGACUUCCUCGGAGGUUUCACGAGCUUCUACGACCGUGUCACCAACAUCGCUGUCAGGCUGGAGCCCAAAAGUGGCACGCAGCACCUCAUGCUCGCCAACUGCCACUUUGACUCCGUGGCCAACAGUCCAGGUGCCAGCGAUGACGCAGUGAGUUGUGCAGUGAUGCUGGAAGUCCUCCAUUCUCUGGCCAACCAGUCCUCCCCUCUUCACCACGGAGUUAUCUUCCUCUUUAAUGGGGCAGAAGAAAAUGUGCUGCAGGCCAGUCACGGUUUCAUUACCCAGCAUCCAUGGGCCAAGCAGGUGCGAGCCUUCAUUAACUUGGAGGCUGCAGGUGUUGGGGGAAAGGAGGUUGUUUUCCAGACAGGCCCAGAGAACCCAUGGCUGGUGCAGGCCUACGUUCAUGCCGCCAAACACCCCUUCGCCUCUGUGGUCGGCCAGGAGGUCUUUCAAAGUGGCAUCAUUCCCUCCGACACCGACUUUCGCAUAUACAGGGACUUUGGUAACAUCCCAGGCAUUGAUCUGGCCUUCAUUGAAAACGGUUUCAUCUACCAUACCAAGUACGACACUGCAAACAGGAUCCUGACAGACUCGAUACAGAGAGCCGGCGACAACAUCCUGGCAGUCCUGAAGUACUUGGUAAUGUCAGAGAAGUUGGCCGACUCCUCCGAGUAUCGUCAUGGCAACAUGGUGUUUUUCGACCUGCUGGGGGUAGUCGUGGUGGCUUACCCGGCUCGAGUCGGCACCAUCCUCAACUACAUGGUCGCCACGGCCACCUUCCUCUAUCUGGCCAAGAAAGCCUCACUGCCUGGCAAUGGAGGCGGUCGCUAUGUUCGAGACCUGGCCUGUGCCACGGGCGUGGCGGUGCUGAGCUGGUUCGUCACCCUGCUGUCGGUACUGAUCGUGGCUCUGCUCGUCACUCUGCUGGGCCGCUCCAUGUUUUGGUACAACCAUUUCUACGCCUCCAUCUGCCUGUAUGGAGCUGCAGCCACUGGCAAGAUGAUCCUCAUCCACACACUGGCCAAGAACUUGUACUACGGG